AUGUUUUUACAGUGUUCUUGUCUAAAACGGAUGGAACUUAUCAUUGUAACUUCAAAGCUCUUAGCCAAGAUAUUAUUUGUGGAAGUAUACCACCAGUUGCUAAUGGCGAGUGGAUUCAAGAGCUUAAAGAGAACAAUAUAUUCCGUAUGCGACGAUAGUAAUGGACCAAUAGAAAUACUUAUUGGCGCUGACAUUGCAGGCAAGUUGAUGACCGGAGGAUUUAAAUUGCUUACUUCAGGCCUUGCUGCUAUAGAAACAAAACUUGGUUGGACUCUUUUCGGGAAAAAUGGUAUGCGUGAGAUCUCGGACAAUUCCGCACUGCUCGUCACAUCCAUGUUGAAUAAGGAAAUAUUGAUAUCCGAUCUAUGGUCUCUAGAUUCACUUGGAAUUCUAGAUCCAUCAGAGAAGAAAAGUAAACUGGAACUUCAAGAAGAAGCAAGAGAUCAUUUCUUGUCUACUGUAAAGGUGAACGAAGAGGGGCGUUUUCAAGUCAGCUUGCCAUGGCUUGAUAACCAUCUACCGUUAAAAGAUAACUAUGACUUAGCUGUAAAGAGAUUAGCUUCUACAGUAAAACGACUAAAAGCUGAGAAACUUUAUGAUGCUUAUGGAGAAGUUUUUAGUGAAUGGGAACAAGAAGGCAUCAUAGAAGAAGUACCAAAAAGCGAAAUUGAUGUAACAUGCCAUUAUCUACCACAUCGACACGUAGUAAAAGAAAACAGUACUACACGAAUCAGGCCAGUGUUUGAUGCCUCCUCGGCCAAACAAAAAGGAUCCCCUAGUCUCAAUGAUUGUCUAGAAAAAGAAUUGCAACAAUUCAUACAAGUUGCUUCAGAUACUUUAGCUACAAGAAAGCUAGAAUUACGUGGUUGGGAAUAUAGUGACCCAACAGAUAAUUCCUCUAGUACCACAAAUGUAUUAGGAAUGAUUUGGGAACGAUGUGGAGAUUACCUUUGCCUUAAUAUUACUAACAUCACCUACAAUCUACUACCAGAAAUUUUGUCUAAAAGAGAGAUUUUAGCUACUACACACAAAAUAUUCGACCCUUUAGGAAUAGCUUGCCCCGUAACUCUUGUGCCGAAACUUUUACUUCAGCACCUAUGGGAAGUUAAGUUAUCUUGGGACCAAGAAGUUGAUUCAAAUUCAAAAUCACAAUUUUGUAAAUGGUUGAAUGAUUUGCAGUGUCUGGAAAGAAUGAGAAUACCAAGAUGGUUAAACUGUGAUCGUGAGAUUGAAAAUAUCUCACUUCAUUUCUUCAGUGAUGCGAGUAAACUUGCAUAUUCAGCUGUGGCCUUUGUUCGAGUACAAACAAGAGAUUCGGUUCAAGUUCAUUUGGUGCAAGCUAAAGCGAGAGUUGCACCCAGCGGAAGGAAAAAGACAACAAUAGCUCGAUUGGAACUUCUUGGAGCUACAAUAUGUGCACGUUUAGCAUCCAGCAUAAUACCUGAAUUUCAAGCUGAUGAUAUUUAUUUUUGGACAGAUUCGUCUACUGUGCUAGCUUGGAUACAGAGAAAUGAAGUAUGGGACGUAUUUGUUCACAACAGAAUUAAGGAAAUAAAAUGGUGGGAAGGCCCUAAAUGGCUAUAUUUAUCACCAGAAAAAUGGCCAAAAGAAGAUUUUAGUGCUGAUGAAGAAGAAAUAGCUCUUGAGAAAAAGAAAAGGAUUAUUUCGUCCUUAAUAAAUCUUAAUGCUAGUGAAAUAGUUGCUACUAGAUUCUCAAGUUAUCGUAAGACAAUCAGACUGGUAGCGUGGAUGUGUCGUUUUGUUUACAACUGUAAACAUCAAAACAAGAAAAAGGAUGAACUUACUGUAUCUGAGUUAAAUGAAGCAGAGAAUAUCUUGAUUCGUUUAAUACAAAAUGAGUCCUUUAAUGGAAUAGAAGAUAAACGGAUUUUAAGUCUUAAUCCAUUCAUUGAUUGUGGGAUCAUCAGAACUAAAACAGCAAUAUUUCAAAGAGAAGAUACAUCUGAGUUCAGAACUCCUGCUAUUUUGCCAAGUGAUCAUCCUCUUAUAAAAAGUUUAAUAAUGGAAGAACAUAAGUUGAAAGGACAUGUUGGAGUUUCUCACGUCCUAAAUUCCUUAAGAGAAAGAUUUUGGAUAUUAGCUGGAAGAAGAGUUGUGUCAUCCGUUUUGAAAACUUGUAUAACCUGUACCGACGGUGAAAGUCGACGAGCCAGAAUUAAAGUGCAAAAUGGAGAAGUCAUAAGAGCUGUACAAAAUCUUUAUCCUUUGGAAUUAUCGACUGCCGAGGAACUUCCAUCGAAAUUCAGCGGAAGUCAACGAUGCGAAAAUAUUUCGGUAGAGCAAACUCCAAUUGAUGAUGUACCUGUAGAAACAAAUAGAAUAAUCCAUACCCAUUUAAAAUCGCCCACGAUAACCAAAUCAGGAAGGACAAUUAGAGUUCCUCAUCGAUUGGACUUGUGA